AAAAACAAUAAUUUACUUCCGGUAUGUAGUACGAUACAAUCAUCAACGCUGCAGUGAAACAUAGCCUAGUGAACUAGACCAAAUUCUAAAUAAUACAUUUAUUUUGUCUGGCUUGCCAGGCUAGUGAAACACAGGAAGACCUUUGGAGUGGGCGUGUGGUGGAGAUAUUUUAGUUUAGAGCCCCGCUGUGGGCCGAGUCGAUGUUAUGGCUGCAAGGAAGAGAAAAACAGCUGAUCCAACACAGAAAGAGCCGGCUUUGUCCAAACGUGAACCACCGAUGAAGCCAGUUAAAUGUGACCCAACUCCAAGCGUUGAACCGGAGCGAAGUCGUUAUUUCAGCAACAAUGUCGUUCAGCACAGACUGGAGCAGGACUUCUUUAAUCAGCCUUGUAUCAGUCUGGCUAGAUCGUUCCUUGGCAAGGUGUUGGUCCGUAGGUGUGCAGAUGGAACUGAGCUGCGCGGGAGGAUAGUGGAAACUGAAGCGUAUCCUGGAGGAGAGGACAAAGCUUCACACUCAUCUGGAGGCAAACGCACUGAAAGAAACACAGCCAUGUUUAUGAAGCCAGGCACAAUCUAUGUGUAUCCAAUCUAUGGGAUCUAUCUGUGCAUGAACGUGUCCAGUGAAGGGGAGGGUGCUGCUGUUCUGCUGCGCUCUCUGGAGCCCCUCCAGGGUCACUCUGUCAUGAGGAAGCUGAGGGCAGCUAGGCGCAAAGAAGGGGCUCGCCAACUGAAGGACAAAGAGCUCUGUAACGGGCCUUCAAAGCUGUGCCAGGCUCUAAAUAUACCUCGCUGUUUUGACCGUAGAGACCUCGCUUCAGACCCAGAGGUGUGGCUGGAGUCCGAUCCAGACACAAGCCUGGCAAAGCCCCAAGACGUAGUAUCAGCUCCUCGCAUCGGGAUCGAGUCCCACGGGGAAUGGGCCAAGAAACCAUGGAGGUUUUAUCUCCAUGGGCACCUGUGUGUUAGCGUUGUUAAUAAAGAGGCAGAGAGGCUGUCUCCAUCUGGAAAUGUAAUGUUCAGUUCAGGUCCACGAGAUGUGCCGUCUGUAAAGAGGAAGAGAACGGAGGAAGAUUCCUAAAAAUGCUUUUCCAUCUGGGCCCCCCACCCCAAGUUAAACUCGCAUACGUUAUCUGAUUGCGGUGUGGAAAUACCCCAAACGUUACACAGAACAUAACAUGAAACUGUGCCAUUAUAUGGAGAAUAUGUAGGCAGCUGUUUCAAAGUCAAAGUGAUGAAAUAAACUCCGGCUGGGAUUUGAAAGGAUAGAAAAAUUAUUUUACAGUUUUGAAAUGCAUUUAUUGAUGCAAAAGUAUACAGAAGAGUGUAACGGAGUAACCAAGCAGAUCUAACAAAGUGGAUUCAGUAGAUCAGUGCCUGUCAAAGUACUGAACCGUCUUUCUCAGUGUCAUCUGUGAUGUUCCAUUCCCACGUGGGAAAUGUUCCUUUCAGUGACUCCACAGAUGUUUGGAACGCUCAGUUUCCCCUCAACCAUCAGUUUGAUGCUCCGUCUCUUCCUUUUCAUAACAGUUUUUCCAUCAAAACCUCUGGAAUUCUUAAAAAAAGGUAGUUGGAGGUCUGGAAGGAUCACUGUGACCCCGUGAAGCGGGUGGGGAGAUCACGUCAAUCUCCCAGCACACCAGUCCUUCCAGUAUUCACAGUGGCCUCUUAAGGCAUGUCCGUUGCUUACAAAAUAAUUUUAUAUUGUAAACCCACAUUUGGCUCAAAGAGAGAACACUUUUUCAUGUGUUGUAAAUCUUUACACGCGUAUGCUUUCGUCUCAGUUUGUGGUGAAGGAGAACCCGGCUGUGAGCAGAUUAUCUGCUCUGAAACAGCUGCUAAUCCAUGGGAGACUGAAAGAUGGAAAUUACGGGAUCCUCGUGAUUGGUCACUACAAGGACACUGCGGAACUUGUCGAACAGCGUCUUGAGCUGCGAGCGCCUCAUGUUCUCAUUGUACAUAAUUUCUUCCAGGUGGUGAUGUCCCCGGAAAUAAUGCAGCAACCUGGAAUUGGAAAAAAAAGGCAGAAACACAUUCAUAUUUUAUCUGUUCUUAUGUUUUACAAUAAAACACCCAACCCAGUAAGUAUAAAAACAAACACAAAGCUCUA